AUGUCUUCUCGAAACCUAAGAUCAAGAAUCCGCUCCAUUCUUCUUCUUCUCCUUCUUCUUAUUGGUUUCUGCGAUGGAGCAAGAACAAGUACGAACGUCUUCAGCUCGAAACCACACAAGGAAGAAAACGACGUCGGCGUUGUUUCGUCUUCGUCUAGACAGUUCUUGGGAUUCUUGCCACGUCACUUCCCUGUGCCAGCUUCUGGUCCCUCAAGAAAACAUAAUGAUAUCGGUUUACUCAGUUGGCAUCGAUCUUCUCCGUGA